UGUGUCUAUGGCCCUCCCGUGUCCUGCUCUCUCUCUGUGUGUGUGUGCUCUGGUGCGCGGCCCUCCCAGCUCCAACCACACACCACUGCCAAACGCCCAAAAGCAGGCAGUCUGGGUGUCAGUAGAGAGAGGAGAGAGACAGAGAGUAUCCUCUUCAUCUGCUCACACUCUCGCCCAAUUCCCCGAAAGAAAGUCGCGUCCAAACUCAGGGACAGCACGCGCAACGAUGGACACCAGACCGCGCAGAACAGCCAGUGUCAAUCAUGCAUCGUAUAAAGACGAAGAUAACGACGACGACCUAGAUGAGAUUCCCAGUCCCAUGCCUUCACGAUCACGCUCCAGAAGGUCACUCCCACGCGCACACUCAGAAGCAAGCUCCGACCAAUCGAGUAGAAAACGCAAACGAGACUCGCAAUCUCCAGAAGAACGUCGCCCUUCACGACGCGCAGGCUUACGUGGCUCUCUCGAUUUUACAGACCAUCACUUCUCAUCACCUGAAACGCAAAAGAGUCCAGCAACGAGACAUCGGACACCAUCGCAAGCAUUAUCGGAAGAGACAUCACCGGAUGUGCCACCCUCCAAGAUUGUCAAGCUUGCAUUACGGAAACGGCCGGGUCAGCAGAGUAUUCAAGAGGUAGAGAGAGUGCAUACGGGUACAUCGGAUGAGAUUCAAAGUCCAACCAAUCAAACGCACCCGCAAGACAUGCCUGCAUCGCAUCCAUCGCCCAUGCAAAGCGCAUCACCAGAGGCAAUGCACAUGAACGCAGACGAGGCAUUUGACGAACAAGCAUUCGACCAACAAGCACAUGAUUCAGAUGAAAUUGCAAAUGGCAAGACCUAUAUGCAGAGUCUACGUCGCAGCGCACGUAUGCCAAAAUCACGUAUUCAAGAGAGUGAAGAAGAGCAAGAUUCACCGCCGGAGGUCAUCCGUUCCAAUACUGCACUUCGCAGGAAAUCAAAGAGACUUUCAUUUGAAGAUGAACAGCCAAGUCGAUCUGCUGGUCGUUCCUCACGUGAAUAUCGUCGUAAUGGGCGUAGAAAGAACGGUCGUGGGAGUCGCACAUCACGUCGUCAUGCGUCUGGUGGACAAGACACAAAUUCGCGCAAGAAGGGCUCCGAUGAUUCAGAUUAUCACUCUGGUCAGGCUUCUACCGUCGAUAGCCUUUCUGAGGAAAGUUUCAUCUCUGAGGGUGACAGUCCAGCAGAUGAACUCGCACUCACGGGUCGUCGUGGUAGUGGCCGUGGUGGUAGUGGUCCCAUUGCACGUCCACAACUUCGUGCACGUCAACAAAUCAACUAUGCCAUUCCACCACCUCUGCCUGAACCAGAACGAGAAUCACCACGUCCUGCUUCUGCACCCCUCCCACGAACGACUUUCCAGAGCCUCUAUCCGAGUUAUGGAUCAUUAGGGUUGGGAUUGACGGCUGGUGCUGCUCAACAGUUUGGGAAUUUAGGGUUUCCUGUGCAUGGCGCAUUGCAAGAUGAUACAGACUCCUCCGGUGAUGAGGGAGGUGGUCAAGCGAAUGGCACGAGUGGUGGUGCUGCUGCGCCCUUACCCAUGAUGCAAAGUGCUGCUGUUUCUAGUGGAACGGGCAAUGUUGGUCGCGUCAAGGGUUCUAAUCUGGCAGACGCAGAUCCAAUUGGCAUUGAUAAGGAAGUAUCCUUUGAUUCUGUUGGUGGAUUGGAAGAACAUGUCAACCAACUCAAGGAAAUGGUCAGUUUACCCUUGCUGUAUCCUGAAAUUUUCACAAACUUCCAUAUUACACCGCCACGGGGUGUUUUGUUUCAUGGACCACCAGGGACUGGUAAGACGCUUAUGGCGCGGGCUCUUGCAGCGAGUUGUUCAACAGGGUCUCGGAAAAUUGCCUUUUACAUGCGGAAAGGUGCAGAUUGUUUAUCGAAAUGGGUGGGUGAGGCGGAACGUCAACUCAGGUUACUCUUUGAUGAGGCAAAAGCCAAUCAACCAAGCAUCAUCUUUUUCGAUGAGAUUGAUGGCUUGGCACCUGUGCGCUCUGCAAAACAAGAUCAAAUUCAUGCAUCGAUUGUAUCAACGUUGCUGGCACUCAUGGAUGGUAUGGAUGCACGAGGUCAGAUUGUUGUGAUUGGUGCAACGAAUAGGCCUGAUUCUGUGGAUCCGGCAUUGAGACGACCAGGCCGCUUUGAUCGUGAAUUCUUUUUCCCUCUACCGAAUCUAGAUGCACGCAAGAAGAUCCUCAGUAUCCAUACCGGUAAAUGGCAACCGAAACCAGAAGAUGCGUUUAUUGCCGAUUUAGCAACACAGACGAAAGGGUAUGGUGGUGCAGAUCUACGAGCAUUGUGUACGGAAGCUGCACUCAAUGCCGUUCAACGACGAUACCCACAAAUCUACCAGAGCAGCGAGAAACUCAUUAUUGAUCCGACCACUAUCAAUGUGUCGGCGCGAGACUUCAUGGUUGCCGUCAAGAAGAUUAUUCCCUCUUCAGCACGGUCAACGUCAAGUGGUGCCGCCAUCCUACCACCACAUAUUGAGCCACUGCUCAAGUCUACGCUCGAUGAAAUCACUGAAAAGGUGGAUGCUAUUGUGCCUCGUCGGCAGAAACAGAGCGCUUUACAACAGAAUCUCUCGAUCGCUCAAGACGAUAGUAAUUUCCACAAAGAACGCAUGUUACAACAGCUCGACCAAAUGCGCGUCUAUCGUCCAAGGUUGUUGAUUGCAGGAUCAGCAGGGCUAGGACAAGGCCAUCUGGGUGCAGCCAUUCUUCAUCAUCUUGAAGGCUUCCAUGUCCAAACACUCGAUUUAUCCACCAUGUUUAGCGAUUCUGCAAGCACGGCUGAAGCCUCCCUCAUUCAAGCGUUUGUGGAAGCAAAACGGCAUAAACCUUCUGUACUGUACAUGCCUGCUGUUGAACUUUGGUUCACUGUGGCUUCUGGAGCAUUACAAACGACACUCAAAUCAUUGCUCAAUUCAAUCAUGACGAAUGAGCCCUUGCUAUUGCUGGGCGUGUCCAAUAUUCCAGUAGGCGAACUCCCUCAUGCCGUGCGCGAGCUGUUUGGCCAUGGUGACAAAGCGUCCGUUUCACUCUCAACACCCACCUCACUCCAGCGCGAAGCGUUCUUUGGCUUCUUGAAGGACUUGAUUGUCAAAUCACCCGAUGCAUUGCCAGAUGGUCGGCCACCACGAAAGCGACGGCUUGAAAAGCUCAAAGUUGCACCACCCGAGGCACCUCGAGCACAGACCAAAGCGGAACGGAAAGCAGUCGAGGCAAAAGACAGGAAGCUCAAACUACAACUCAAAGGUCGCUUGGGACCACUCAUGGAAUUGAUUCGUACGCGGUACAAGCGGUUCAAGAAGCCAGUGAUUGAUGAGCGUAAACUCGUCCACCUCUCACUCGACUCUGAACUACAUCCCGGCGCAGGUGAUCAAAUCUAUGUACGCACGGAGGAUAAUAUGAUUCUCGAGACAACUACGGGUAAAAAGUUUCACAAUAUGGAUAUUUCCAUUAUUGAGGAGCGGCUAUGGAAUAAUCUCUACAUGACACCUCGUCAAUUCAUCAACGAUGUCGAGCAAGUUGUGCAAGAUGCCAAGAAUGAAGAUGAUCGCGUGAAGGCUAUGGCUGCACAAGAAAUGCUCACGCAUGUGCUCAUUCACACUGAAGAAAUGAUGGAUCCAGUGUUCAUUGAAGAAUGCAAGCAAAUGGCUUUGCGUGAAGUUGAACGCCAUCGCAAAUUUGCAGCUUCGGAGAAGGUUCGUCUAGAAAGCCUACAAGCACAACAGGCGGCCGCCGCCGCCGCCGCCGCUGCAACAGCAGCACAAGCAGCAGCUGCUAUGGCGCCCACAGAGAUUAUUGAAGAUGCCUUGACUGUACCGAUGGCCGUGGGUCCUGACCCAGACUCGCAGACUGCCAUGGUCGCGCCGGCAGCUGCGCCGAUACUGGAUGCACCAGAAACAGAGGUGGUCAUGGACAUGCCAGAAGGUGCACCUUCUGGCAUCAGUGACGGGUCUACGCAACAGCUCUUGGUGGCUAAUGCAGAAACUGAAGAUGUUGCCAUGACUGGCGUUGAGGCUAACGUUGCACUGCUCUCGCCUAAAAGUCCUGUCGCAGAACCACCUGCAAAGCCAGCUUCGCCCAGGCCUCAAUGCAACGACCAUGGUUCUGUCGGCCUGGUCGUUGCAACCGCGCCGAAUAGCGAGCAAGUCUCUUUCGAGCAGACAGCCAUUUCGCGACAAGCGACACCCUCGCCAGCGCCAGCGCCAUCACCGCCACCAUCGCCUGAACCGGAACAUGCUCCAUAUGAGCUUGACUUGUUGGCCCUUCAACGCGAUUGCCAAGCCUGGGUAGCGUGCACGGAGAAUUUGACAGUGGAUCAGCUAGAGCAGGUGAAUUCGAGUGCGGUGGAUGCGACGUGGCAUUUGAGGCGUGAGUGGAAUCGCAACCUCGUGAGGUCUGCAGCGGAUGAAGCUGUGAGGACUAUGAGCAAAGCACUUGUAUCAUAUGAUGAUGAAGGCUCGCCGUAGCAGGUACAUGGCUAGUUCAUCCAUUAUCAACAUCAUUUGGUGCAUCUCGUUUCAACGUGCGUGACUUGACAGGUUUGCGUGCAGUAAAACAAACCACACUUGAGACAGGCGUACUUGCCCCAAUACCCACAUACAGAGCAAAAUUUGCGUUGUGAGGCAUGUCGCGUUGGUCGCACGACAGCCUGAUGCCAAGCAAGGGCAUCGGGUGCUUCAUCGAGGUGAUUCGCCAAUGGACGCCGCGAAGUCAGGAUCUUUCGCACUUGUUGUGAGGUUCCUCUCUGUUGCUUCGGGCCGCGUCGUAUAUCCUCUGCUGUAGCUUUUGGCAGAUCGAUGCGUACAUCACCAUCAUUAUCCCGUUCUAGCUCUGCGAUAUGGCGUUGUGCUUGUCUGAGACGGGCAGGCGCAUCGAGUGUGGCGUAGGAUUGCUUGAGGCGAGCUCUGUCUUGUGGUUUUACGGUCUUUGGUGCUUGUAGCAGCUCUACUAGUGUCAUUGUU